CUUCACUAGUCCAGUCGUAAUUUGAGUAAGAAACGGACCGGGUCAUUUUGCUAAAACUAAACAUUGAAAAAUGGAACAGCGUUUAAUUAGAAAUUCAUUAUUUACUGUCGUGUUCGUGAUGCUGUUUGGUACUGGCUCGCCUCUUCUGGUUACCAUCAGCGGUAAAGGAAAGUCGAAUGCGAAACUACCGUUCCAAACAGUACAACCUUGUGCCACGGAUGCCGACUGUAACUCGCUGCAGAACACAACCUGCAUCGAUAUAGAAUCAAGUUCAACCAAAACAUGCCGCUGUGAGGAUAUGGAAUUCCCUAACUUGGGGCACUGUUGGUUAUUGAAUAAAGAUCUCAACAGUCUAUGUUCCGGUGCACAGGAUUGCUAUACCCAUGGCAACGAUCGCGAUAGCGUUGACUGCAUCGAAUCAAAAUGUAAAUGUCAACUGGGCUACUUUGUCGAUGAGGAGAGUUCGUCUUGUCAAGAGAUCGAAUAUCCUGGUGAAUCCGGCUCACUCGAAAUAGCGAAUUUGUGCCUCCUGUUGUUCACAUGUUGUCUGGCCGCGUUUUCUUUGUAUAAAUUGGUGUGCUUGAUUAAAUUCUCCAAGAAAUUUACGCAGGGGAAACCUUUUGUUCUUUGAGUUUCAUAUGUUUAAGAUUUUUUUUAAAUGCAGCUAAUUUAAUGACUGAUUAUUUAAACUAAUUGUUGAACACAUUUGACAAUAAAAAUGAACAACACAUAGUGAAAA